AUGGCUACUCCCAUUGAUAACCGUCCUAGCCUCCAUCCGCUAUGGACUUCUCAAUACAAUCUGGGUGGCUUUCCUCGCUCCUCUUCGGGCCGUUCUGCCUCCGCCUCAUACUUCAGCUCCUCGGACCGCUCUCCCAAGAGCUUGCCUACGCCGGUAUUCCCCUCCAAUGAUGGCUCCAUGAGACAACAUGAACGGGCCAUGGUCGACCGCCUUGGUGGCCAGAAACCUCGUACAGCACUGCGCCUCGACCUCAGCCCAAGGAAGACUGCCCAUCGCCCAUCUCCGCUUUCUCCCCUCGCCGAGCACUCCGUUGAUGGAAGACGGUACUCGGCCGCUCAAAUGAGCCCCCGCCGACCUCCUCCCCCGCCUUCCCCUCGAUCACCACCAGUCGCAGGCAACCGCCGCCAGACGCUCGCCGCUGAGAACCGCUCCAUGCUCCUCGCUGGCCUGGGAGACGAGGCGAAGCGCCGCCAGUCUGUCCCGAACGCAGGUUAUCUCCCAAGAUCCAAGGAUGCGGACAAGCGCCAUCAACUUGAGCAACUUCGCGCCUGGGGACAUGUCUACCUCGGCGAUGCAAAGACUUCAGAUGUCUUUGUUAACGCCGUGUCCCUCCGCCGCGACUCCAACGCAUCCACAAACUCAGAAGGAUCUGCUGGCGACUCAUCCCCGACCCGCAUGCCAACGACGCCCACGAUCCCCUCCAACCAGACCGCAAUCCGCGCUCGCGUGCGCCCCCGUGCCCUGGAACGCAAACCGUUCCUGAUCCAGCGCACCUUCGACAUCGAGCAGCUGCGUUCCACAGUAGCAGACCCGCUCCCGAGCACUCCCCCGGCAUCAGACGCCCGCCGCCGCCCAUCCCUCGCGGGCUCCCCGCCGCAAAGGUCUCCCCGGCCGGCCAUGGCCCGCCGGAGAUCCAGCAGUGCCGCGCAUGGCUCUUCUCUCCCUUACAGCCGCGCAGACUCGCGAGCCCCGUCGCGUGGCGCAUCCACGAUGCCAAUCCAUCUCCAAUACGCCCGAUCCUCUCUGCCGGUGUUGGCUGCCCUCAUUGUCUCCGGCCACAUUACAGCUGGCGACGUUAUCGAUCUGCCACUGCCCUAUCCCGAGGUCUGGGACCGCACGGUGGCCUACGUGUACACCGGACAAGGGGACCUGACGGAUGCAGUCAGGGAAAACAUCCUCUACCUCGCCGGGAAAGUCUAA